AUGUCCACCUCCCAACAACUCCCCCGCAUCGACAAAAUCGGGCCCCUCAAACCCGAAGAAGCGAAAUGGACCGAAUUGCGCAAGAUUGAGUGGACAGACCAAUCCGGCAAACCCCGCAUCUGGGAAUCCGCCGCGCGCAAAACGCGCAAAGAAUCCGGCAUCGACGCCGUCACCAUCGCGCCCAUCCUGCGGCACCCAUCCAAACCGCCCUCGACGAUGCUCGUGCUGCAGUACCGGCCCCCCGUGGAGGCCGUGUGUGUCGAGUUUCCUGCGGGACUGAUCGAUGCGGGGGAGACGCCGGAGCAGGCGGCGGUGCGGGAGUUGAGGGAGGAGACGGGGUAUGUCGGGACGGUGCUUGAUGUUAGUCCGACUGUUGUUGCGGAUCCGGGGUUGACGAAUGCGAAUAUGCAGAUGGUCACGAUCGAAGUCAACCUCAAAGAAGGCGAGGAGACGCCGGAGCAGCAUCUCGACGAAGGGGAGCAUAUCGAGAGAGUCAUCGUGCCUCUCAAUGAGCUGUAUCAUAAGUUGCAAGCGCUGUCGAAGGAAGAGGGCAAGAUUGUCGAUGCUAGGCUCUUCCACUGGGCUCUAGGCCUCCACUGGGCGGACUUCGACAAGCAAGGCUAUGUCACCGACAUCUACGUCGCAUUCGUGGCGUAUGGGUGGCAUUGGGGUGGGAAGUAUACCCAGACUUCGGAAACGAGAGAAUAG